AUGGCCACGCUGACGAUCCAGCUCGACGAGGAGCGAGCGGUACAGAGCAGGGCUCAGAACUUCGUGCUAGAGGGCAAGUCGGACAGCGAAUUCAUGCAGGUGGUGGACUGGACCAUUGAGCAGCACGACAAGGCGGGCGUGGACGCGCGCCAGGACGCAAAGGCCAAGGGCGUGGAGUUCAAGGGGAACCCGUUCGGCAAGAAGCCAGCCGAGAAGUCAGAGUCGAGGAAAGCGAUCUUGGAGAAGAUCAAGGAGAGGGUGCAGAAGAAGGAGCUUGCGGACACAGCACCAGCGGCGGCGUCUGCCCUGCUGGACCAGUUCGUGGUGUUCGGCAAACAGGCGUCGACGUUGCCCCCGAAGUUUCGGGCAUCGCGAUGCUUCAAGAUAGAGUACAGCCAAAAUGCCGAGGACGGCCUCCAGGACGACGUGGCCAUGACUAAGUGGAUCUUCGCCAUUCCCUCGUGCCGCGAGAUAGAGUCUGUGCUGAUGCAGUCUCGUGAAGCACAGUUACUUCGCGGCAUCGGCUUAGAGCUGGACUUCGACCGCGGUCCGAGGAGCAAGGCGGCAAAACAUGUUGCGAAUAUUGCAUUCGGAUCUGAUAGUGCGAAGGGGAGUGGCAAGGGCAAAGGCGGUCUCUUCUCGAAGAAAGUGAGAGCGUGA